AUGAUUGCCGAGCACGAAUACGACUUUGUUAUUCUUGGAACAGGACUGGUUGAGUGUGCAGUUGGGUGCAUCCUGGCUCGAAAGAAUAAAAGGGUUAUUCUAUUGGAUAGGAACCCGAUGUAUGGAUCGGAUUUUGCGACACUUAGGUAUACAGAACUGGAGACAUACUUCCAAAGCCCAAGUAUUGCUCCAGAGCUGGAGGUCUAUGACACCGAGUUUUCUAUUGACCUGACGCCGAAGUUGUUUCUUGCAGACAGCAAGAUGCUGAAGAUGCUGGUUAGAUACGGCAUAGAUGAAUACCUGGAGUUCUGCAGAAUUCCCGGGUCUUUUUUGUGGAGGAAGAAACUGCACCCUGUUCCUACAAACGAGGCUCAGUCCAUGACAACAGGACUGAUAGGGAUAUGGCAGAAGCCGAAGGUUAUGAGAUUUUUCUGGAACGUAAGAGACUAUGCUAGGGAGGCGGCGAAAGGAAAGGCCUACAAAUUCAAGGAUACCAUGAGGGAAGAAUUCAAGGAAUAUGGGCUUACGGAGGAGUCGAUGGAGCUUAUAGGCCAUGGAAUAGCCCUGAAUCUCGACGACUCGUAUCUGGACAGACAUCCGAAGGAAACGUUUGAUAAGAUUGUAACGUAUGUGAGGUCGAUCAUAUGCUAUGAAAACUCGAUGGAGUCUCCGUAUUUAUACCCAAGGUAUGGACUUUCCGAGAUUGCACAGGGAUUUGCCAGGAGCUGCUGCACGAAGGGAGGAGAGAUAAUGAUAAAUGCAGAGAUAUUGGAGGUGAACGAAAAAAACGUGGAGGUGUUGGUCCGAGAGCCUGUUAACAAGAAUGUUUUGAGAAUUAAGGCGGGGAAGAUAAUUUCUGGACAGUCCUAUUUCCAGAGAAGCACGCUACUGUAUGAGAUCAUAAGGGGAAUAUGUAUAAUAAGAGGAGAUCCCGUUUGUGUAACAAGAGGAGCCUCCUCGGCACAGAUAAUCUUUUUGAAAGAAGAGUUGAAAAGGAGGAAUGACAUCUUUGUUGUGGUGCUGGGAUCUGAAGAGAAGUCGACGCCUGAAGGCUACAAGGUGGCGAUUAUAAGCACGGUAAAGGAAACCAGCGACCCCGAGAAUGAGAUAAAGGUCGUUCUAGAGAAGCUGGGGGAUAUCGUAAGAUACUUUGUUGAUGUGAAGCCAGUAUACCGGGCAGAGGAUACGGAAAACGUAAUUUUUACAAAAGGCGUAGAUGAAUCGCCUCAUUUUGAAGAUAUUUACGAAGAGAUAGAAGGAAUUUGCAAAAAGCUGAAUGUUUUCGAUUAG